AUGCACUUGCAGUUCUUGUGUGCAUGCCCGUAUUUGUUGCCGGGUGAACAGGAUGAGGCAAAGAGAAUUCCAGUGUUCAAGAAGUGGAAGUGCCCUGAAGGUGUGGAGGGCUGUAUGGAGCUUGGCAAUCCACUAAGUCCGUCAAAACACUACCCAGAGGCAUCUCACAGUCUGGAAACUGCUGCGAAGAGCUUGCUCAGUCCCAAAAUCGAGAAAGCCUCGGACGAACCUGAAGUCAUCCCUCCUGGCAAGGAGCUUGUGGGGCUUAGCUUUACAUCAGUAGGCGCUACUGAUCCCCCAAAAGCGGAACUGCAAAUCUUGAUCGAGAAACAUGCCGGCGAAUACACCGAGCAACCAGAAGGCCGCACCACUUUCUUGUUGGUUGGGGACGGCGACAGUCACGAAUUCACGAAGAAAUACCGUGAUGCAAAGAAUGCGGGAGUCCCCAUUGUGCACAGCUCAUUCGUGAAGGCUUUAAUCCGGCGAAAGAAUGUUGAACCAAAACUGAAGUUGGCAGAGUGUCGCAAAUGGAAGGGUCCAGAUGACGGCCCAGACCCUCGCCCCAUGGGAUUGCUUUUACGCAAAAGGAAGUACGCACAGUAUUACCUCGUGGAGGGAAAAAUCACACUGGAGUUACCAAGCGCAGCAGAGGCUCUUAAGCAACUUCGCGAGUUUCGCGCAAAGGACAACUCGCGAACAAAGCGACCGCCCAUCGCAAAGAACUCUCCACUUCUGCAGGUGGAUCCCUUAUUCAGUAACAAGGGAGGCAAAAUCUACGUGGACAGUUAUGGAAAUGCCUUUAAUUGCUGCACGCAAUUUACUGACAUCAGCACAGGCAUCAACAAGUACUACUCCAUGCAGAUCGUGCAAACUAACAAGACAUAUCACUUCUUCACGAAGUGGGGGCGGCUUGGUGCUGAUGACAAAUUAACUAACGAUUACAAGCAGCAGUCGUUUGGCCAGGACGUGGACGCCGCAGUUGAUGCAUUUGAGUCGAAGUUCAUGGGGCUGACAGGCACCCAGUGGAGUGACCGUUUCAACUUCGUUCAGCAGCCUGGCAGGUAUGGCUUUGUGGAACUCGCCGGCUAUGAUAUGGAUGAUGGGGCAGAGCAAGAGCCGAAGCUAAAGCGUGCUAAGCUUGAAGCUGCCAGCGCCAGCAGCACCGUGGCUGAGUGCACUCUGCCUCCAGCGGUGAAGACCGUCGUGGAACUCAUUUUUGACCGCAAACUUGCGGAGAAGUUGCUCACUGAGCAGCACCUCAACCUUCAAAAACUCCCGAUCGAUUCCAUUUCCAAACGGCAGCUGCAGGAAGGCUAUGCAGUGCUUCAGGAAAUCCAAAAUCUCCUUCGCGAGGAUGCAGAGCAUAUUAACACUCUUAAACAUCAGACCCGGCUAGCCGAUGCAACGAACCGGUUUUACAUCAAAAUACCUCACAUCUUUACGCACGCCGAAAAGCCUCCAGUCCUCGAUUCACUGGCGAAGCUGAGGACGAAGAUCGAAAUGAUGGAACAGUUGUUAGAGAUAUCGAUUGCGCAAUCUUUGUUGACGGAUGCUUUACUGAACGCCAGAGACAAGCAUCCGCUGGAUGCCCAAUACGAGCAGCUGCGCUGCAAGCUGGAGCCGCUGCCUGAGGGCCACGAAGAGCGAAAACUGAUAGAGCGACUUGUGAAGGAUACGCACGCACCAACCCACAACACGUGGACGCUCAAGAUCCAAAGCAUCUUCAAAUGCGAUCGCCAAGGGGAAACAGAACGUUUUAACAAAGAGGUGGACAACCGCAUGCUCUUGUGGCACGGUUCCCGUCUGGUCAGCAAGUCGUCCCAGUACUGUUUUGCCUCGUCUGCUCAACCUCAUGGCCUCCUAGUCCUCUGUGAGGCGGCACUGGGGAAGCAACGUCCGCUCCUUGGGGCAGACUACGAAGCGGCUGCCAAGUGCAGAAGUGAUGGGCAAGACAGUGUGCACGGUGUGGGCCGCAUGUGCCCGAAUCCUGACUCUGACUUUGAGAUUCCUUCAGUCAUUGACGGAAAGCCGGUGCGCGUCUGUGGAGGAAAGAGCUGGAACAACUCAAAGGCCGUAGAUGAGCUCAAGGCCAACACGCCUGGGAAUCCUGAAGCAGCCCUAAUGUACAACGAAUACGUUGUUUACGACCCACGUCAAAUCAAGAUUCGCUACCUAAUCCACGUCGAAUUUGAGUUCGCGUCGUUUGACCUGGAUUCCUUCUGA